AUGCAGCUUUUCCAAGAAGAGAAAAUCGACGCCGUGAUUCACUACGCAGGUAAGGUGGCCCCACACACUUCGCUUCCCAGCAGCCGGCCUUUCUUUCCAGCUGCUGCUGCUGCUGCUGCUGCUGCUGCUGCUGCUGCUGCUGCUGCUGCUGCAGGUCUCAAGUCUGUCGGGGAGUCCGUGCAGAUGCCUUUGAUGUACUACGAGAACAACGUCGGCGGCACCUGCAAUCUGCUGCAGGCGAUGGAGGCCAGCGGCGUGAAGACUCUGGUGUUCUCUUCUUCAGCCACAGUUUACGCGCCAAAGCCGAAGUCCAAAAUAAACGAAAAAGACCUUUUGGGCCCUUCGAAUCCCUACGGCCACACCAAAGCCAUGAUAGAACAAAUCCUGAAAGACGUGCAAGCCGCAAACCCUAGCUGGCGAGUCUCGAUCUUGAGGUACUUCAACCCCGUGGGGGCCCACCCCAGCGGGCUGCUGGGGGAGGCCCCGCAGCAGCCAAAUAAUUUGCUGCCAGUGCUGCAGCAAGUUGCUGCUGGGAAGCAGCAGCUGCUGCAGGUCUUCGGCUGCGACUGGGACACCCCCGACGGCACAGGCAGCUAA